AUGAACAUGAUUGAUUUGAUUUACGUUAAAUACUCUUCUAAAUGGUGUUGCGCUCUUGAAUAUCAAACUCGCUGCCACCUCCGACCUCCAUCUGUUCAAGCCGAAAGUUGCUGUGUCCACCCCUCUACGAGAAUAUCUCUUGGUGCAACAAUUUUGUCGUCAUCGAAGAGCAACAGCCCUGCGAUCUUGGUCAAACCCAGCAAACCUCCGUUCAAGACGUGA